CUGGCAGCCGUGAAAGAGGAGGUAAACAAGGUUCUGAAGGAAUCUGGCCAGGAAGUCCUACAUGGUGGCCCUUUGAUCCACCUGACUUGUGACAUGCUGACGAAAACGCCAAUCUUGGACAGAGCUGUAGAAGAGACCCUUUGACCCAUUGCUGCACUGCUCCUUGUCACAGCAGUGCUCCAGGAUAUGACUUUCGAGAUGGCUGAUGGUUGUGAGUACCAUAUUCGAAAGGGUGAUAGAAUGGCAGUCUUUCCUUACAGUGCUUUCCACACUAACCCAGAGAUCCACCCUGACCCACAUUCAAUCAAAUAUGACUGUUUUCUGAAUCCAGAUGGGAGCAAGAAAACUGAUUUCUACAAAGCAGGGACCAAGGUCAAGUAUUACAAUAUGCCCUUUGGAGCAGGGGUCUCCAUGUAUCCUGGAAGGUUCUUUGCCAACAAUGAGCUGAAACAGUUUGUUUUCCUCAUGUUGGUCUACUUUGAGUUUGAGCUGAAGAAUCCUGAUGAGAAGAUCCCUGAUACUGACGUCAAUCGAUUGGGUUUUGGAGCACUUCAUCCCAUUAGAGACAUCCAGUUUCAGUACAGACUCAGGUUCUGAACCCACAAUUAUCAUUGUUCCCUAUUUUUCUGAGUUUGACUAUCUCAGUAAACUUUAGUUUGACAGUUAAGUUUUCUGGAAACAUGAGAUUCCACAAUGAAUAAUCUUCUACAUCAUCAAUCAUUAGCAGUUUGUUUUGCAGUUAUUGUUUUCAAGAUCAACACGGAUUAAAUAAUUAGAUCAGAUCACACACAAAAACAUGCUUUAACAAUGAUUUGUCGAUCAUACAACAUUGUUUUGCAGUAGGCGAAACUUUCAGAAAAUAAUCUACUGGAUUGCUUGUUAUCCUAUUUAGCAACUUUCCAAAAUGAGAUUCUAUAUCAAAAAAGACAGUUUAUGGUGUUUCUAUAGUCUUAAAAUCUGCAAUAAAUGACCAUGAAUACAACCAUUUACACCUUAACCAUAAAUCUAUAAACCUCGGUUUGUUCACUGCAAUUAUUCUUUUUAUUAUGUGUACCUGUCUACCAAUGUAAUAGGUACUUAAAAAAGUGGAACUACAGGCAAUACUUUGACCAGAAUUGUAGGUUUCAACAGGUGCUGGUUGCACAACAAACGGAUCUGAUGUACAUAAUUGUCACUUGACAGUGACAUCAUCACUCCUGUUACAGACUGCAGGUGGAACAGAUAUCUGCAGCUGUCGGCUGUAAAGAGAGUC